AAGCCCCAAGGUGUCUGUUUAUCUAUCUUACCGAUUGGUUCAAGAUUUUUGAUGCCAAAGCUGAUUACCACGGAAAAUGAUCAAAGCAGUUUUCUUUGACUUCAUGGGCACGUGCCUAGAUUGGCACAGCGGAACCAUCAAAGCAUUGCCACAAUCCAUUUCAGAAAGUGAAAGAUCCGAUAUCGCUCUGAAAUGGCGUCACGACUACUUCGACGCUAAUGCCGCACGUAUCGCUGCAGACGAGCCUGUUGAGGAUAUUGAACUCACCCUUGCAAGGACUCUCGAUGCUUUAUUAGAGAAGGGUGCAGCCCACAAACAUCUUUUCGAUCGAGAGACCAAGGAGCGAUGUAUAGCUGCAUGGCACUCGAUGCCGGCAUGGCCGGAUGUCGCCCCUGCCAUUGAGCAGCUAAAAGCAGAAGGCUAUGAAGUAUUUGUCCAUGCGAAUGGAACCACAAGAUUGCAACUCGAUCUCUGCCAAUCAUCAGGUCUAUCCUUCCACAUGCUGUUCUCUAGUCAGUUGCUUGGUGUGUACAAGCCUGCUCCAGAGAGCUACCGUGAGGUACUGCGAUUGGUAAAUGUGAAAGCUGAGGAAACAGUGCUUGUUGCUGCUCAUGCUUAUGAUGUUCGUGGUGCGAAGGAAGCGGGGAUGAAAACGGUAUAUAUCCACAGGUGGACUGACGAUAUCAAUGAAGAUAUGGAGAUUAUCAAAGGAGAAAAUGACUUCUUUUUGGAGGAUAUGACAGACCUUGCAGGGGUUAUUAAGCAGCUUUGAGUCCCGCAUUUAUUAAGACUAGACUAUCAAUGAAUAUCAGACAACUGCUAUUUCAACGCUCGAAUCUUGAGCUAUGGGCCGGUUCAGGGAUUAUUUCAGUGUUGGGUUAAUAGGUGGGAAAUAGGCACAACGCGUGAUAAAUAUCAAGUCACUUGAUAUGAUUACAUGUAC